GGCGUAAACAAAGGCAGAGCAGAUGAACAGCGACCCAGUGAGGGGCCACCGAGAGCUGGAUGAGCUCACACCGACGAACAGGUCCUGACCAGAGGCUGACUGUGGGGGAAAAGCCACUGCGAAGCGAAUGAAGAAGCACCUGAUCUUCCACUUCACAUACAGAGGUCUUCUAACGAAAGGAAAAAAGAGUAAAAGAAGAAAAUGGAGUAUAAAUUACGAAAAGCUGAGCCCAAAGACGUGUCCGAUAUAUUACGACUGGUGAAGGAACUUGCAAAAUAUGAAGAGAUGGAGAGCCAGGUCACGCUGACGGAAAAGGAUCUCCUUGAGGAUGGGUUCGGCGAGACGCCGUUUUACCACUGCAUCAUCGCUGAAACUCCAGGAGAGAACAGCAGCGACGAGCCGGACGUGGUGGGCUUUGCCAUGUACUACUUCACCUAUGACCCCUGGGUGGGCAAGCAGCUGUACCUGGAGGAGUUUUAUGUGAUGGACAAGUGCAGAGGGCUCGGCAUCGGUUCAGGAAUCCUGCGGCAUCUCAGCGACCUGGCCAUGAAGACGCGCUGCACCGGCAUGAUGUUCGUGGUGGCGGAGAACAACCAGCCGUCGGUCCAGUUCUACAAGCGGCGCGGCGCCGAGGAUCUGUCCCAGGAGGAGGGCUGGAGGCUCUUCAGGUUCGACAAGGACAGCCUGGUCAAGAUGGCCACUCCGGCCGAGGAGUGACCGACCGACCGCCGGGCCGAGGAGGAGGAGGAGGAGGAGGAGCAGGAGCAGGAGGAGGAGGAGGAGGAGGAGGAGGAGGAGGAGGAGGAGGAGGAGGAGGAGCUCGUCUUUACAGCUUCAGCUUCUAAAUAGAGAAAAUGUGUCGACGUGAUUCUGAGUGUAUUUUACUUCAUUUAGUUUAUAAAUAUUUUAUUCUGUCUAAUAUUAACCAGCAUUUCUGUGCUUUUAGUCCAGAAUCAAUAAACGAGCAGUAAUGAUGCAACAAAGUCUCUGAAAAACUCAGAAAGGUUCAAAAAGAAGAAUUUAUAUCAGAAUAAGAUUUGGAAUAAUAAACAUAAUUCAGUUGUAAGUAUUGUAACUAUUGGAAACGGUUCAUGACAGUUGAUGAGAUUUAAGGCGAUAAUGAAUCAUUUCACCUUUGACCUUCUGAACUGACUGGAUGCUGCAGGAAAAGUCCAGAAUAUCUGGAGGUUCAGCUGAAGUGUCCUGGUUCUGAUCCGAACAGAACCGGCCGACCCGUAGAUCAAUAUGGUUCAAUUACAGGAUUAUUUUUGAGUAAGAAAUUAAAAAUGAACAAAAUUUGGUUCAUAAAUAUGUAAUUAUUUGGCUUCAGUCUUUAAUUAAUUGAGCUGUUUCUUUCCAUCUUCAUGUCAUUUUAAUGUUUCUAAUGUUUUAUUUUAAAGUCUGAAAGUGAAAAAAAUCCUGAUUCAUUUCAACAAUGAAACGUUUCAGGAUGAAUUUAUUUUCUGUUCAAUAAAAACAGAAGAACUUGAAUAUUUUAA